UUGUACGUGUUCGUGUUGUCUGUUGCAGUCAAGAGACUUGCAACAGCUUCCUUAAGAACGAAAAAUAGGCAAAAUGGCGCAAUCAAAGGCCUUAGGCCAACCGCCGGCAUCUAGUCGAGCGGCAACAACAAGUCAAAACACAAUGACGUCUGCACGGGACCUCAUCAAAAUUGACAUAGAAUGGGGCAUGGAGCGACUGGUGCGGGCCCAGCAGGUCGUCGAACUGCGUCCGUACAACAUUGAGUCCUGGUCGGUGAUGUUGCGUGAGGCCCAUUCCCGGCCCAUCCACGAGGUGCGCAGCCUUUACGAGUCACUGGUGAGCGUCUUUCCCACUACUGCCCGCUACUGGAAGCUCUACAUUGAGAUGGAGAUGCGGAGUCGCUACUACGAGCGGGUAGAGAAGUUAUUCCAGCGUUGUUUAGUCAAAAUACUCAAUAUUGAUCUUUGGAAGUUGUAUCUGACGUACGUGAAAGAUACCAAAUCUGGUCUCAGCACACACAAAGAGAAGAUGGCACAAGCUUAUGACUUUGCACUGGAGAAGAUUGGCAUGGACUUGCACUCGUUCAGUAUAUGGCAGGACUACAUUUAUUUUCUGCGCGGAGUCGAGGCGGUGGGCAAUUACGCGGAGAACCAAAAAAUCACCGCUGUGCGCCGUGUCUAUCAGAAGGCGGUUGUAACGCCCAUCGUGGGCAUUGAGCAUCUGUGGAAGGACUACAUAUCCUUCGAGCAGAACAUCAAUCCCAUCAUAUCCGAGAAGAUGAGCCUGGAGCGUUCCAAGGAUUACAUGAAUGCACGCCGCGUGGCCAAGGAACUAGAGUAUCAUACGAAGGGUCUUAACCGAAAUUUGCCCGCAGUGCCACCCACACUCACUAAAGAGGAGGUCAAACAAGUGGAGCUGUGGAAACGCUUCAUCACCUACGAGAAAUCGAAUCCACUUCGAACCGAGGACACUGCCCUGGUCACCCGUCGCGUCAUGUUCGCCACUGAGCAGUGUCUGCUGGUGCUUACUCACCAUCCGGCCGUGUGGCACCAGGCAUCACAGUUCCUGGACACCAGCGCACGCGUCCUCAGCGAGAAAGGCGAUGUACAGGCAGCAAAGAUAUUCGCUGACGAAUGCGCCAACAUCCUUGAGCGAUCGAUCAACGGCGUCCUUAAUCGUAACGCGCUGCUUUACUUUGCCUACGCCGAUUUCGAGGAGGGACGUCUCAAGUACGAGAAAGUUCACUCCAUGUACAACAAGCUGAUCAUGCACCCAGACAUCGACCCCACUCUGGUAUAUGUGCAGUACAUGCAGUUCGCCCGUCGCGCUGAGGGCAUUAAAUCUGCGCGAGGCAUCUUCAAGAAGGCGCGCGAGGAUGUCCGCUGUCGCUAUCACAUUUUCGUUGCCGCUGCGCUUAUGGAGUACUACUGCUCGAAGGACAAGGAGAUUGCAUUCCGAAUAUUCGAGCUGGGUCUAAAACGCUUCGGGGGCAGUCCCGACUACGUCAUGUGCUACAUCGACUACCUCUCGCAUCUCAACGAGGACAACAACACCCGUGUCCUCUUCGAGCGCGUGCUCAGCUCGGGCGGUCUGUCGCCACACAAGAGUGUGGAGGUUUGGAACCGUUUCCUCGAGUUCGAGGCGAACAUCGGAGAUCUGUCCAGCAUCGUCAAGGUGGAACGUCGUCGCAGCGCAGUCUUUGAGAAUCUUAAAGAAUACGAGGGAAAGGAAACCGCCCAGCUGGUGGACCGAUAUAAGUUCCUCGACCUGUUCCCCUGCACCCCCACCGAGCUAAAGUCCAUAGGAUAUGCUGAGAUUGGAGGGAUCAUCCUUAAUAAGGUUGGUGGAGUUCAAAACCAGAAUAAUGGCGACGCCGAGGGGGAUAGCGAGGCGACCGCCCCGCUGCCGCGUCCCGAUUUCAGGCAGAUGAUACCCUACAAGCCCCGUCCGUGCGCCCAUCCUGGUUCCCAUCCGCUAGCAGGCGGUGUGUUUCCCCAACCGCCGGCUUUGGCCUCACUCUGUGCAGGCCUGCCGCCGCCCAAUUCCUUCCGCGGCCCCUUCGUCAGCGUCGAGCUUCUCUUCGAUAUAUUCAUGCGCCUCAAUCUGCCCGACUCGGCUCCAUUACCCAAUGGCGACAAUGAACUGUCGCCCAAAAUCUUCGAUCUGGCAAAAUCGGUGCACUGGAUUGUGGACACCAGCACGUACACGGGGGUGCAGCACAGCGUGACGGCGAUACCACCGCGUCGCCGUCGCCUGUUGCCAGGUGGCGAUGACAGCGACGAUGACUUACACCCUUCUGCCCCUCCCGCACACGACAUUUACCGCCUACGCCAAUUGAAGCGUUUCGCCAAAUCCAACUAAGAACUGAAGCCCGUGCUGCUGCUCCUACACAGUUCCAACCAUUUUUUUAACUACAGCAUUUACAACAAAUACAAAAGCAAAUCAAGAAAAAUAUUUAUAUUAAUA